AUGGCACGAACCAAGCAGACUGCUCGCAAGUCUACUGGCGGUAAAGCCCCCAAGAAACAGCUGGCCACCAAGGCCGCCCGUAAGAGCGCCCCGGCCACCGGAGGCGUCAAGAAGCCCCACCGUUAUAGGCCUGGUACCGUGGCUCUGCGAGAGAUCCGCCAUUACCAGAAAUCCACCGAGCUGCUGAUCCGCAAGCUCCCCUUCCAGCGCCUGGUGCGCGAGAUCGCUCAGGACUUCAAGACCGACCUGCGCUUCCAGAGUGCGUCACACAUUGCUUUAAGUUUUUCAGUGUCCAGUUAUUUUUUACUGCUG